CAUCGGUCAUCCUCACAUUAUGGAAUGGCAUUGUAGUUGUUGAACACUGAGAAGCCAGCUCUCAUAAUCAUACACCUAUCCUACCCUGUUUAUCUACCUCACGCAUCCUUAACCGACCCAAGAGCCCGUCUCCCAUGUAAUCCCGCGCCCCAUGCGAGUUGCCUUGCCUUCCCAGUCUAACAUCCGUGUACCGCCAGACGCCCAGUGGUGCGCUAAUAGUACAGUAAACGUAAAGAUCGCUCACUCCCUGAGCAUUCCUCCUGGGCCCGCACUCUCACGGCGGGUAUCAGGGAAAAAGACAGUGCCGCAAUACCCUGACACGCGAUGGUGCCUAUCUCCCAUUGGGAGCACCGUCGCUCAUCCUUCCUCUCUCAUCUCACUUCUCUCGUCCUCUGGCUCAGUUCCCGGUAUGAGGACUGUGUAUAUCCUCCAGUUCUUAUGCUCCCAUGCAGGCAAUGCAAACAGCUUUGAUCCGUCAACAUGGCCCGCUUUCUCUCCGCCCGGUAGAUCAUCUAGUAUUGUCUCGACACUCCGCCUGCGUAACGCUGAUGUUGAAUAUGGUGUGGCCCCUGUUGAAAGGGCUGAGGAUGGUGAGAGGGUUGGUAAAACUCGUCGUAGCUCGUGUAGGAAGGGGUGCGGUGCCGUUGUGUGCGCGAGUAUCAUUAUUCAUUACCCAUUACCCAUUAUCAUCCUCUCUUCGAUUGUGCCUUGUCGAAGGUCGAACGUUGUAAAAGGGGCCCCGGUCCGUCAGCGCGGUGACCGGGUAUUGUUGGAACCUAUGCUGAUGCUGAUGUUCCAAUUGGUGACGCCGUCGAGAGUCUAGGGUUGGUGCAUCACAUGUGGUACAUAAGGUGCGCCCGGCUUUUCUAAUAUUGCAAGGCAGC